CAACAAACUACUGCAGGCACACCUGCACGUGGAAUGACAACAAAAACAGCAGUACUUGCAAGACCUGGCCGCUGUAACAGCUGGUGUCCGCGACGCAGCAAUGCAGCAGCAGCAACAGCAACAGCAACCGCUGAUGAACUCUACCAUCGCACGCAUCAACGGCAUUGAGGCCAAGGCCUCAGCAGCGCCAGGCUGCACGACGGACGCGACGAAGCAAAUCAAUGAACGCAUCGAUCACGUCUUCAUCAUCAUCGGCGACAAAGGUGUUUUCAACGGACCGGAUACGAUCAGCAGCACGGUGGCCGCCAUCAAGACGGACAUCACCAAGCUACAGACGAGACCGGACGCCGCUACAAAGAUGUUCAAGAUGCCGCACUUCGACAUCUGCAAGUUCGACGACUACAAUAAGUCCGACGCCUUAACAUGGUGGCAACGUUUCCUCACGGAAGCGUCAUGCCGCACUGUCCCGGCGAACGACAUGUUGAAGGCACUCUAUUUGCAACUGAUUGGAGGAGCRCAGGCAUGGAUGAACCACCYGGCGGCCACCCAYAAGUGCACCAUCGCCGAACUCCACACGCACAUCACGUGGAAGGAGUUYGAGCAGCUAUGGUUCACCCGGUUCAUGGUCMACAACGUCGUGAAGGCGGCCAUGAAUGAGGUGUACACAUGCUCUCAGGGGAACAUGCCAACUCGAGACUGGACAACGAAGUGGCAAAAGAUAGUGACCACACCAGGCUUCGACUUGACGUUUCCAAAUCAACGAUCCGAGUUCUUCUUGCGAUCAUGCGCGGGAUUGCGGUCGGCACUCGGUAAUGAGUACGACUAUACCACAUUCCAGGCCAUUCUGGAUCGAGCGAACUUGGUCAUCCAAACGGACGACAAGGCCGCUAACGAGAGACAAUCCCAGCCGCAUUAUGUGGCUAAGCAGGCCUAUCAACGUCCGACACAUAACAAUGUCGUGAUUUCUGAGGAAAUCGACGACCACCACGCUGCAGCAGCAUCCUCGGGUGAUGUAGGAAUUGUCGCAGCGCUCCCGCUGAAGCGUCCCAAGAGAGUUCGUAAGAACAAGGCGACACAAGAGACGGCAGCGACAGGAGCUGGGCAUCCAUGGACGGCAUAUAAGAUCACCAAGGAAGUCUAUGACCUACGUCAGAAAACAUUGCCAAGGCCGCAUUGCAUUGCCUUGAUGCCAAAUCUACGCUUCUACUUGCACACUGCAGUACCAGCUCCGUUGACGGACGACGGGGUAGUGGUUGCCGAUCUCUGCUCCUAUCUUGCGAAGAUCGACCGUGAGCACGCCACCCAAAGGUACGCUGAAACCGACCCACCUUUGCUCUAUAUCCGCAUUCAAAUCGGAAAGGCAACCUGUGGUGCCUUGAUUGAUUGCGGAGCKUCUCGCAACUUCAUGAGUCAAGCCUUUAUGGCCCGCGCAUGUCUUGGCCCGCGCGUUCGAAGRAAGACGCAACCUACGCAAGUUACACUCACGGACGGCCGCACGCAAAAGUCAAUUGACCGAUGCGUUGACGGCGUUCCGGUCUACUUUGCGCCACUUGCGUGCGAGCCGGUGUCUUUUGACAUCCUCGACACCAAGUUCGACAUGAUUCUAGGCAUGUCUUGGUUGCGUAGCGUCGAUCAUCCGGUGAACUUCCAUGACCGAACCGUUCACAUCCGUGAUCGGAAUGGAGUGUUAGUCCCUUGUACGGUCGCGACCCCUCACACUUUGAUUGCUUGUCACGUGGUUUCUGUUGCGCGGAUUUGCGACGCCAUUGCUCGAAAUGACGUCGAGGAGAUGGGCCUUGUAUUCUUGCAUGCUCUCCCCUCGCCGGACGGACCAGCCGAGUCACCGCCAGACCCACGCAUUUCUCACCUCUUGGACGAGUAUAGAGACGUUUUCGAGGCUCCCACCGGAACGGUUCCGGAUCGGCCCAUACGUCACGGGAUCACUCUCGAGGCUGGCGCCGUCCCUCCGCGUGGAUGUAUCUACCGCAUGAGCGAAGAGGAACUCGAAGUGCUUCGCGCACAACUCGAUGACCUUCUCGACAAGGGCUGGAUUCGCCCUAGUUGCUCGCCAUACGGUGCACCUGUUCUCUUCGUCCGGAAGAAGAACAAAGAUCUACGGUUAUGCAUCGACUAUCGAAAACUUAACGCACAAACCAUUGAACUCCAGCCUCGAGACCGGUACAAAACUGCGUUCAAGACGCGGUAUGGGCAUUUUGAGUGGGUUGUCAUGCCAUUUGGACUCACCAAUGCCCCCGCAACGUUUCAAGCAGCGAUGACGACUGAGUUCCGCGACUUGCUCGAUCGCAGCGUCCUCAUCUACCUUCACGACAUCUUGGUUUAUAGUAGGACGUUGGACGAGCACAUCGUACACCUUCGCGUUGUUUUGAAUCGUUUGCGACUAGCCAAGUACAAAGCGAAUCUCGACAAGUGCGAAUUCGCCAGGCAAGAGUUUGAGUACUUGGGCCAUUUUGUCACGCCRAAAGGCAUUCGUCCCUUASCGGACAAGAUCCAAGCCAUCGUGGAUUGGCCGGAACCCCGUUGCACGACGGAUGUACGCUCUUUCAUGGGUUUGGCUGGAUAUUAUCAGCGAUUCGUCGAGUCAUACUCGAAAGUGGCUGCUCCUUUGUCAAGACUUCAGUCCUCGAAGGUGCCCUUCGAGUUCGACGACGCAGCCUGUGGCACGUUCAGUACGUUGAAGGCAGCGAUGCAAGCCGCACCUGCCCUCCGUAUGUACGACCCCACCCUACCCACCCAAGUGACUACGGACGCUUCCGGAUACGGUAUUGGUGCCGUGUUGGAACAGUGUCACGAGGACGGUUGGCAUCCGGUUGAGUAUUUCUCCCAAAAGGUGCCUCUCAUCAACACUCUCGACGACGCUAGGAAGAAAGAGCUACUCGCGUUCGUCACCGUUCUCAAACGGUGGCGCCACUUUCUUCUCGGCCGCCGGCAUUUCAAAUCGAAUACGGACAACAAUCCGUUGACCUUUUAUAAAAUGCAAGACACGGUCACUAGCACGAUCGGUCGAGGGAUGUAUUACAUCGACCAGUUCGAUUUUGACCCGUGCCACAUUCCCGGUCCCACCAAUCGAGCUGCGGACGCCCUCUCACGACGGCCCGACUUUUGUGCCAUUGUGACCACGACAUUCGACCUCGAUGACGAUCAACAGCAGCAUUUCGUCAAAGGCUACAAGUCCGAUCCGACUUACUCUCAGCUUUACGCGGAGUUUUUAUCGGAUCACCCGCCGGCUAGCCACUAUCGGAUUUCCGACGGGUUCCUUCUCCUUCACACGAGAGGAAAUGACUUGUUAGUUGUGCCCCAAGAUCGCAUCUUACUGACUCGUCUUCUCGGCGAAUUCCACGACGCACGAUUUUCGGAACACCUUGGCAUGAACCGCACACUAGCACGCCUCCGCCAGCGUUUUCACUGGCCCGACGUCCUUCAUGACGUCACGAGGUACAUUGAGUCAUGUGCAGUUUGCCACCGAAACAAGGGUCGAUCUCGAGUCCCCUUCGGUGAACUGAAACCGUUGCCGAUUCCCCGGGCACCACGCCUCUUCAUUGCUAUGGACGUGACAGGCCCGUUUCCCCGCGAUCGCCACGGCCAUGACGGUAUUCUCACGGUCGUUGACCGUUUGAGCAAGUAUGCUCGCUUCCUUCCUUGCAAGUAUCAUGCUGCAGCGCCUGAGCUCGCACGACUCUUGCACUUCGGUUGGACUACCAACCAAGGUGUUCCGAAAGACAUAGUGAGCGACCGAGAUACUCAUUUCAUGUCAGCCUUUUGGACUUCCCUCAUGGCUGAGUCCGGUACGACAAUGAAACCGAGCUCGGCUCGACACCCGGAGACGGAUGGUCAGAAGCAGCGAGCGCACCAGACCGCUCAGAUGAUGCUGCGUACGCUCAUCCGUCCCGACCAGAAAGAUUGGGUUGACCGGCUUGCCGACAUCGAGUUCGCCUACAACACUUCGGUGCACCCGGCGAUCUGCGUCACAGCAUUCGAGCUACAUCAUGGUGGAGAGAAAGCACGGAUCUUCGCUGAUCUCCUUUUGCCACAGGCUGCCGACAUAGACGUCCCUUACUCUCCCGCUUCCAUCCAGAAGUACCGGAACUUGCUGAUCAAAGCCCGCGCAAAUAUGCAAAAGGCUCAGAUCCGCAUGCAGCAGCAAGCUAACCGACAGGCAGAACGUCGGCGGCUGGCCAAUGAGGCGGCAGCCGAAGCUCAGCGGACAGUUGAGACUGACGAAGUGGCACGAAACAGACGGAAUGCCGCCAGCACGGAGUCCUUGAUUGCUAGUGAGCAUCAGUGGACAACGGUACUCCAAGGCAUGAUCUUUGUGCCUACGGAAACGCAGGCAGAGCCGACACAGGCGGAGGCAGAGAGAAGUAACCUGGCUACUGUGAUGUUGAACGUAAUGAGGGGAGUAAUGUGGAACAACAAACUACUACAGGCACACCUGCACGCGGAACGACAGCAAAAACAGCACUACCAGGAAGACCUGGCCGCUGUAACGGUCGGUGUCCGCGACGCAGCAAUGCAGCAGCAGCAACAGCAACAGCAACAGCUGAUGAACUCUACCAUCGCACGCAUCAACGGCACUGAGGCCAAGGCCUCAGCAGCGCCAGGCUGCACGACGGACGCGACGAAGCAAAUCCAUGAACGCAUCGAUCACGUCGUCACCAUCAUCGGCGACAUAGGUGUUUUCAACAGAUCGGACACGAUCAGCAGCACGGUGGCCGCCAUCAAGAUGGACAUCACCAAGCUACAAAGAUCGUCAUGCCGCACUGUCCCGGCGAACGACAUGUUGAAGGCACUCUAUUUGCAAUUGCUUGGAGGAGCGCAGGCAUGGAAGAACCACCUGGCUGACACCCACAAGUGCACCAUCGCCGAACUCCACACGCACAUCACGUGGAAGGAAUUUGAGCAGCUAUGGUUCACCCGGUUCAUGGUCCGCAACGUCGUGAAGGCGACCAUGCAUGAGGUGUACACAUGCUCUCAGGGGAACAUGCCAACUCGAGACUGGACAAUGAAGUGGCAAAAGAUAGUGACCACACUAGGCUUCGACUUGACAUUUCCAAAUCAACGAUCCGAGUUCUUCUCGCGAUCAUGCGCGGGAUUGCGGUCGGCACUCGGUAAUGAGUACGACUAUACCACAUUCCAGGGCAUUCUCGAUCGAGCGAACUURGUCAUCCAAACGGACGACAAGGCCGCUAACGAGAGACAAUCCCAGCCGCAUUAUGUGGCUAAGCAGGCCUAUCAACGUCCGACACAUAACAAUGCCGUGAUUUCUGAGGAAACCGACGACCACCACGCUGCAGCAGCAUCCUCGGGUGAUGGAGGAAUUGUCGCAGCGCUCCCGCCGAAGCGUCCCAAAAGACCAAGUACAAAGCGAAUCUCGACAAGUGCGAAUUCGCCAGGCAAGAGCUUGGACCAUUUUGUCACGCCAAAAGGCAUUCGUCCCUUAGCGGACAAGAUCCAAGCCAUCGUGGAUUGGCCGGAACCCCGUUGCACGACGGAUGUACGCUCUUUCAUGGGUUUGGCUGGAUAUUAUCAGCGAUUCGUCAAGUCAUACUCGAGAGUGGCCGCUCCUUUGUCAAGACUCCAGUCCUCGAAGGUGCCCUUCGAGUUCGACGAUGCAGCCCGUGGCGCAUUCAGUACGGUGAAGGCAGCGAUGCAAGCCGCACCUGCCCUCCGUAUAUACGACCCCACCCUACCCACCCAAGUGACUACGGACGCGUCCGGAUACGGUAUUGGUGCCGUGUUGGAACAGUGUCUCGAGGACGGUUGGCAUCCGGUUGAGUAUUUCUCCCAAAAGGUGUCUCUUGUCAACACUCUCGACGACGCUAGGAAGAAAGAGCUACUCGCGUUCGUCACCGUUCUCAAACGGUGGCGCCACUUUCUUCUCGGCCGGCGGCGUUUCAAAUGGAAUACAGACAACAAUCCGUUGACCUUUUAUAAAACGCAAGACACGGUCACUAGCACAAUCGGUCGAUGGAUGUAUUACAUCGACCAGUUCGAUUUUGACCCGUGCCACAUUCCCGGUCCCGCCAAUCGAGUUGCGGACGCCCUCUCACGACGGCCCGACUUUUGUGCCAUUGUGACCACGACAUUCGACCUCGAUGACGAUCUGCAGCGGCAUUUCGUCAAAGGCUAUAAGUCCGAUCCGACUUACUCUCAGCUUUACGCGGAGCUUUCAUCGGAUCACCCGCCGGCUAGCCACUAUCGGAUUUCCGACAGGUUUCUUCUCCUUCACACGAGAGGAAAGGACUUGUUAGUUGUGCCCCAAGAUCGCAUCUUACGGACUCCGCCUGAGSUCGCACGACUCUUGCACACCGAUUGGAUUACCAACCAAGGUGUUCCGGAAGACAUAGUGAGCGACCGAGAUACUCAAUUCAUGUCAGCCUUUUGGACUUCCCUCAUGGCUAAGUCCGGUACGACAAUGAAACCGAGCUCGGCUCGGCACCCGCAGACGGAUGGUCAGACGGAGCGAGCGCACCAGACCGCUCAGAUGAUGUUGCGUAUGCUCAUCCGUCCCGACCAGAAAGAUUGGGUUGACCGGCUUCCCGACAUCGAGUUCGCCUACAACACUUUGGUGCACCCGGCGAUCUGCGUCACAUCAUUCGAGCUACAUCAUGGUGGAGAGAAAGCACGGAUCUUCGCUGAUCUCCUUUUGCCACAGCCUGCGGACAUAGACGUCCCUUACUCUCCCGCUUCCAUCCRGAAGUACCGGUGUCGGGAAUCCCGGGGAGGGGUCGCCUACAGUCCGCUGAAGCCAAGGGCUACGACGCCUGUCACUCGCCGCGCCCGCUUCCGAGGUCCUCAGCGGCCUGCAGCGUGCUUGUGUCUGUUUAGUUUGUCACUGCUCCUCUCGGGGAUGCUACGGGUGGCAUCACCCACAAGCUAUAGCAAGUCCUGUUGCAAGGUGAUUAUAGCGAAUGUUUAAAAGCUAAUUCUAGAUCCAGUUCAUUUGGGCCAUCAAGAGUAACACUGUCCGAAACAAGCCUUUUUCGCAGUUAUCAACCGGAGUUACAAUAUUCCAAACAAUGGUCAGUUCGCUAUGGCCUGCAAGUUUUAUCAAGAGUCAAGUCCAAGAUCUAGUUCAUCGAGUUUGUCAAAAGGGCAACAUGGGUGUUUGCAUGGCGAUCAAAGCUCACUUCAUAGCGAACUACAAAUUUCCUGCUGACCAAAUCUAGAACGGGUUCACCAAGUUUUUCAAAAGAAAAGCAAGACAAUUUAAGCUCAGUUCGCUGCCGCGGGAAGUAAUAGUAAAAGGAUAAUUAAUUU